AAACUCUGAUGCUUUUCUUGGCAAUGGAUUCCACUCUUUCCUAUUCUUUUCCACUGAGUUUCCCAAAGCCACGGCUAGACUUUUCAGUUUUCACCCCCUAUUAAUAACAAACCAUUACCCCCACCCCUCACAAUCUUCAUCUUCAACUCAGCUACUCCUAUUUACACCCCUCAAAUCUGCUUUCAACUUUCACACUCACACCACCACCAUGACCCUUCCUCAAUCAUUUGGCUGUGGACUUGUGCAAGCACCCUUGGUGACAAGCUCUGGUCUUCUUACUAAAGUUUGGAGUGUUAUCUCUUCUCGUGAUGAAGACAUAGUUUCAUACUCAGGAAAUAAUGGACUGUCCUUGAAAGUUUCUGAGGAUUCGGGUUUGACGGUUGUUGCGUUUGAGGUCAACCCGGAUUUUGAUCUUCAAUCUACAGUUGUUUCUUUCUCUGAUCCCAAGGAGAAUAAUUUGAACCGCUUUGAGUUUCUUUGUACCAAGAAACAUCCAGAUUUCUCUGUCAACAAGUCUGUAGUUGAUCUUUUUUCUAAAAAUCUUCCGAGGCUUGAUGAGUUGAAGUCCAAGAUUGAUAGCUCCCCUCGAUUGAUUGUUACUGGACGUGGUCUUGGAGGACCAAUUGCUUCUCUCUUCACUUUAUCGCUAUUAGGUAACAAGAAUUCCUCUGAGAAAAAGAAACCCCCUCUCUGCAUCACCUUUGGUUCUCCCCUUGUCGGUAACAAAAAGUUUCAAGAAGCCAUAUCACGUAGUUCUACAUGGAGUUCUUGCUUUCUACAUGUGGUCUCUAUCAAAGACCCAUUUCUCAAAAGAUUGAAUCCUGACAUCAAGGAUUACAUGCCUUUUGGGACAUUUCUCUUCUGCUCUGAUAUAAGUUCUACCUGUUUUGAGAACCCCAAGUCUGUUUUGGAACUUCUUGUGAUCUCAAUCAAAGAUCAAAAUCAAGCAUUUCCGUCCAUAGAUUAUGGCAACAUUGUGGGAAAUCUCUAUAUUAAAGCAAUUUGCAAGGACUUUACCCCACGGGGGCAGGACUUUACUGAUUCUAAUUCACUGCGUGCAAGUAUCCGUUUGCAGUUGUGGGCAGCACUAGGAUUGACACCAGAUAUGCAGCAACAACACCUGAACAUUGAUAUAAAUGCUUUGGUAACAAAGUUGGAAAAGCUGGAGAAGGAAGUGAUCUUCCAGAAGGGGAACAAAUUUGAUCCAUCCAAGAAAUUGAAUGUGAUGAAGAUAGAAAUGGCCAAACUUGAGUGGUACAAGAAGUAUUCCAAAAAUAAUAAGAUUGGCUACUAUGACAGCUUCAAGAGGGGUAUCUCAACAAGCGACCUAGAUGUUGUUCAGUGCCAGAAAACCCUCAGAAAUUACUGGAUUGACAUGGUUGCAGAGGCAGAGCUGAAACCUCAGACAGAAGGUGCCGCUUUUCGUACUCGCUGGCUUUUUGGCGGAACUAAUUACAGGAGAAUGUUUGAACCCCUAGAUAUUGCUGAGUACUACGCGAAUGGUGGUAAAGACUAUGAGGCUAAGGGAAGAUCUAGACAUUAUAUAGUGUUGCAGGAGUGGCUGGAAGAGGAUAAGAAAGAAAAAAGCAAUUCAAACAGUACAAACAAAAAGGAUGUGGAAUCUAUUUUAACUUUUGACUCUUGCUUUUGGGCACAUGUUGAAGAAGCUAUCCUUUCAUGCAAAGUGUUGAAGGAUGAACAAUCUAGUGUGACAGAGAAGGAAGAGGAAACUGGGAAGUUGCUUGAAUUCGAGAAGUAUGUUUAUGGGUUGCUCACGAAAUAUGAAGUGUCAUCAGAGAUUUUCCUAAGGCAAAGCAGCUACAUGAUUUGGUGGAAUCAGUAUAAGGCAAUUAAGGGAACUUCUUAUAAUUCAGCACUCGCAGACUUCAUGAGCAAUCCCGAUCAUUAUAAUGUGCUGUAUAUUAAGGGAACUUAUAAUUUCCCCCCUCAGGCUUAGUGAUUAGUGAACGUCCGUAUGGUUGAACAGUGUAAAAUAAAUUGUGGUUUUAUCUCACUGUGCACCUUUUAAUAAGCUUUUUUUAUAUUUUCCCUUGUUGAUUUUUGUUAAGGAUCUUGGUUUUACCCUCCCUUGUGUUGUGGUAUUGGAAACUCAUGCAAUUGUCUUGACUUGUGAUAUUGGAAACUCUUGCAAUUGUCUUACCUUGCAAACCUUCACUCAUUAUUCUUGAAAAUUUAAGUUGAGAGCAAUGGAUGCAGGCUAGUUUGUAUUAA